UCAUCAUCACAAAUAGUUUAAAAGGACCCCACCAUCUGCAGUGCAACAAUAACUAGACUGAAACAGAGCAAACAUCAAUAUGGUUAAGAUAAUUUUCUACGAGGACAGGAACUUCCAGGGACGCUCCUAUGAGUGUGACUCUGACUGUUCAGAUUUGUCUUCAUACUUCAGUCGUUGUAACUCCAUCCGAGUGGAAAAUGGAAACUGGAUCCUGUAUGAGUUCCCCAAUUACAGAGGACACCAGUACUUCCUAAAGAGAGGGGAAUAUCCUGAUUUCCAGCAAUGGAUGGGAUACAAUGAUUCUGUCAGAUCCUGCCGCGUGACUCCACAGCAUCGUGGACCAUUCACAAUCAGAAUCUAUGAGAAAGAAGACUUUAGAGGUCAUAUGAUGGAGCUCACCGAAGACUGUCCUCAUGUCUAUGAAAAAUUUAAUUACCAUGACAUUCAUUCUGCACAUGUACAAGAUGGAUACUGGGUGUUCUACGAGGAGCCCAACUACAGAGGUCGUCAAUAUUACCUGAGACCUGGAGAGUAUAGAAGAUACACUGACUGGGGAGCAACUAACCCCAGAAUUGGAUCUUUCAGGCGCGUCCAGCACAGUUAUUAAAAAUUAUGUAACCAUUGUAUUUUCAGUACUUGCAAUAAAUUAAUUACAUCAUAA